UUUACUUCCGGUAACCGAGGUUUCCAUCUAGUUCCAGGUGUAUUCCCAGCGUGGGUUACUGAUAUUGAAUCCCUCUGUUUAUCAGCUCUGAGCCGGCCAUCAUUUUAGUUAUUGAUCCGUGUGAGGGCUCCCUGCUGGUCAGAUUGCCGAGCUGCGGACUGGUGGCCGAACCGUGUUAUCACCAGCCAGGCUCGGAGCCCCAGUGGACAGAGGUAGAGGAGGAAGCCCGCCAUUAUCUGGCAAUGGCAGGAUCUCAGAUGGAGGACAGCGCUCUGGACAUGGUGACAUGUGAAGAUGAUGGCGAGGAUGAGGAAGGAAUACAGAAUGGAGCGGAGGAAGGAAUACAGAAUGGAGCGGAGGAAGGAAUACAGAAUGGUGCGGAGGAAGAUGAAGAAUGUCAGGAGAUCAUUGAGCCCGCAGAGCUGAAAGCAGAGCCUGCUGAACAAAGUGUCACAUUGCCCCCCCAGGAGGAGGAAAUGGAAGAAGAAGCUGAAGCUUGCGCUGUGGAAUCUGAUGAAUGUUUACAGAAAGAGUACCAUUGGAUGGAGGAGCACCUACGAGAGGAUGAAAAACAAGGUCGAGCAUACCAUGAAUAUAACGAACAGACAUUUUGCGAUCGAUUUAUUCAAAGUCUUCUUUCACAUGAAGAAGUUGCACCGAAAGAUUUGUCUGAGCUUGUAGUGUGUCUAGAUACAUUUACUUGUGACCUGCAGUUCAAGAUGGAUACAGAUCGGUUUGGGGGGCGCCCCCUUUUAAAUUACACGUUUCCCUCUUUGUGGUCUGGGUCUAGAGCCACUCAUGGAGUGACAAAUGGGAAGGUUUACUUUGAAAUAAAGAGAACUGUGAAUCUUCCCCUGAGAGAUGGUUUUUCCGAAUUCCCAUUGCUACGUGUUGGAUGGUCUGUUGGCCAGUCUGGACCUCAGUUAGGGGAGGAUGAGCUGUCUUUUGCUUAUGACAGCCGAGGCUUCAAGGCUACCAAUUCACAUUUUGAAAUUUACGGGAAAACCUUUAGAGAAUACGAUGUGAUUGGCUGCUAUGCUGAUAUGGAGGGUGCUUCAGUAGAGUUAUCUUUUUCCAAGAAUGGAGUAGACCUUGGUCUGGCCUUUGUUGUGGAAAAGAGUUCUCUUGGAGACAAGGCACUUAUACCCCAUGUGAUAUGCAAAGGCUGUGCAUUUCAGGUUAACUUUGGAAAGAAGCUUCAACCAUGGCAUCAGCCACGUAGUGGAUUCAAAUAUCUGCAAGACAUGACAUCACAGGAGCUGAGACAAACAUCCCCAGUGCCAAAAUCGACAGAGGAAUGUGAGGUAGUGAUGAUGAUUGGACUUCCUGGAUCGGGAAAGACGACAUGGGUUAAAAAACACAUGCAAGAGAACCCAGAUAAGAAUUAUACACACCUGUGUAUAGACCGACUUAUACCACAGUUGAAGACUGUUGGACCUGAGCCUUUUGAGGAGAACUCCAAAACCAGGGACCGUUUGAUCAAAGAGGCCACACAAUGUCUAAACCAUCUCAUGCCAAUAGCUGGCCGUCGGAGAGGAAAUUAUAUAAUUGAUCAGUGCACAGUACAUGAUUUUGCUCAAAAAAGCAAGAUGAAGUGUUUUGAACAUUUCAUUCGUAAAGCAGUUGUGGUGACACCUGAAGAAGAAGAAUGGAAGAGGAGACUGGCACUGCGCAAAGAGGAGGGAGAGAUCUAUCCAGAGUCUAUCCUCUUAAACAUGGCAGCUAAUUUCAAAUUUCCAAAGAGGAGGAAGAUGCAUCUGGAAUCGAUUCUGUGUUCUGAGUGUAGUUACAAGGAAUCUGCAGUGGAGAUUUCGAACCGGAAGAAAGAAGCCUUAGAAAAGCUGGGCCCUGUUCAGAAAGACACAACUAGGAACACUUUCAAGGAGAUUUCAAAGCCACAUCCCUAUCAUCGGCCUUCACAUAUACAGCAUCAUCAGAGACUACAAUGGGGUUUCCCGAAUUUUCGUGGGCCACACUCACCUCAACAGAAUAGGUUUAUUGCACCACCGAACUACAAUCUACAGUACAGAGAGCUACAGGGUUUCCAUAAUUUUCAUGGGCCACACCCACCUCAACAUGAUAGGUUCAUGGCACCACAGAACUACAAUCUACCGUUCGGAGAGGUACAGGAUUGGCAAGACUUCAGUGGCAUGCCUCCGUACUGGAAUCACAACGGGUGGAAUUACUAAUUUUAAUGGAAAUUUGCAACAUCCGUUUUACAUUUCAAUGUAUCUAUUUUGUUUGGUUUGUGGGUUGUUUUAAUUUUUUUUUUUAAAUCCCUUUGUAUUUCAUCAUUGACAAUUUAAACUAGCAUUUUUACUAUGUGCCAACCAUUACCAUCUUUAAUCUCGAUAACCCAUUAACCCACAGUGGGAGGAAAAAAAAGAGAAGAAUCAUUAGUGCCUUGACAUAGAAGGCCAACCUAUUCUGUUUUUGUUAUGGUAUUUACACUGUGCAAACCCCAUUUGUGCUUGUUAGAACUUUUAAUUUGGCACUUUAAUAGAAACCUAGGUUUUGAUUGAAGUUUAAAGACAAGGGGUUCAUCUAUCCUCCCAAUUCUUAUCAACGCACAUGCUUUAUACACCAUUAAUGCAUAACCUUUGUAGUGGACUAUAUGUUAUUUACUUGUUAAAAGAUUACCCCAACCCUCAUAACCGCUAGGGCAAGUCGUUUUAAGUUUGCCCUCUUGCCUGGUCCUGCUGGUUGCCGGGUCUCCACUGAAGCAAGAUUAAUGACAUCUGGCUUGUGUGAAGCUGCAGAACCUUGAUGUGGAUUUUUCCAGUCCUUUAUUGAAUUAGAUUCUGUGCAUCAAAAUUUGCAAAGAAGUUAGAUUAGCCAGUGUGGAACUCUAGUUCUGGGCUGGCUCAUGAUACUGAUAGUGAUGUUGCUGAAGGUGGAGUUACACCAUCGGCAGCUAAGGGGUUAACUCGGUAUAUGCAGCAUUCAAAGUAAAAUGAUACGCUUAUAGACUCCACCAUGGCUACUUAAAAUCGCUGAAGUGGUAAUAGUGCCUGGAGUAAACCUUUGGAAUUCUCUGGGUUUACCAUACGAUUGCAGAGCUCCCCCUUCUGUCCACUGAUACACAGUAGAGGUGUAUAUAUGUGCAGUUUUUUUUACCAUCCUUCACCCAACUGUAAAGCAGUGGAAAAAUCCAGUCCACUAAUGUACAUAAUGAUUGAUAUUGCUCAUCAUUAUCCAACAGCCACACAUUCCUAUUGACUCCCCCACUAUGGAUAAGUAUAGUUGACAAGCAGAAUUAUUCAUGCUUCAGUGAAUACGUAGGGUGAUGUGUAUGGUACUUGGCUCUAAAUGAAUAAUGCUUCACAGGAGGUAAUGGAAACGGUGAACUUCCAGAACAAAGAAUAGCCAUUUUAUUUGACUUCAGAUUUUGUUUUUAAAGGGACACUAAUGAUGUGAAAAAUAAAAUUAUCUUUACCGUAA